CUGACGUAGCCGUUGAUUUUUUUCUUCUCCCUGCUAGCUGCAGCAGACGGUUCAUGUAAACAUCAGCAAAGGAUGUGAAGCUGGUCUCAAAACGAGCACAUUUCCUCUCAUUAUGGCUCAGCCGGCGGAGAAAGCGUAUUACCGCUUCAUGGUGCUCUUCUUUAACUGCCUGCUGACUUUCGGCUCCUACUUCUGCUUCGACAUCCCCAGCGUCCUGCAGGAUCAGUUUCAGGGGAACCUCACAUGUCCCAAUGCAACCGUGAUCAAUGGGACGGUGGACUGUGUGGAGGGUCUGGGGAUGAGUCCCCAGCAGUACAACCUCCUCUACGCCAUCUAUGCUUGGACAAAUGCGGUGGUGGUGAUUCUGGCCGGAUUCCUGAUCGACAAAUUGGGAAACCGAUUCGGCGUGUUUCUCUUCUCCUUCCUGUGUGUUCUCGGCUCGUCGCUCUUCGCCCUGGGCUCCCACUUCAGAGGAACUCCCUACCUCCUUCCGCUCAUGCUCACCGGCCGCUUGCUCUUCGGCUCAGGCAACGGAUCUUUGACCAUCGUACAGAACCGCAUCACGGCCUUCUGGUUCAAAGGGAAGGAGCUGGCUCUGGCGUUCGGCCUCACCCUGGCCUUCUCCCGUCUGGGUUCGGUGCUGAACUUCUUCCUCACCCAGAGGUUUGAGGACAGAUACGGCAUGCAGUGGACUCUGUGGGGCGGGGCGCUGCUGUGCGUGCUCGGCUUUGUUUCUGCCAUCGUGGUGAGCGCCCUGGACAAGAUCGGGAUGAGACAGCUGGGCCUCGACGGAGCAAUCCGGGAGGAGUCCCGCAAAGUGCGGGUUCAGGAUGUGAAGCUGCUGUCGCUCCGCUACUGGCUGCUGGUCCUCACCAUCAUGUUCUUCUACAACGGCAUCUUCCCCUUCAUCGCCGACGCCAGCAAGUUCAUCCAGGAUAAAUACGCCGACUACAGUCAGAAGGAGGCAGCCUACGUGGCGGGGGCGGUGUACGACAGCUCGCUGGUCCUCUCCGCCUGUGUGGGCAUCCUCAUAGAUUAUGUGGGACUCCGAGGUGUUUUCGCCGUGGCCUGUGCCGUCUGCACGCUGCCCGUCUUUGGACUCCUGGCCUUCACCUUCGUCCCUCCUCUGGUCUCCACCAUAUGGCUCGGAGUCACGUACUCCUUCGCUGCUGUGAGUUUGAUGCAGUUUUAAUUAAUUCAGCUAUUUA